UUUAUCACCUCAACCGGUUCAGUGGCAAGAUGGCCGUCGCACUGGUCAAACGUGCGCUUACGCACACGUGCGUCAUAGCAAUAUUAUUACAAACCUGUUGUGCACAGAAGUUCAAUAUCCCUGAUGUCAAAAUCGAGGCUUUUUCCCCAAAAGGAUUCAGGGCAUCCAUACCUGAUUCCCCUGGCAUGUCCCUCUUCGUAUUCCAAGGGAAUGUAAACAGGGCCAUCGACAGCACCGCGGUAGGCGGACUUAAGGGCGAAAUCACCCAGGCAACCAACGGGCGAUGGGUGUACGACAAUCCUGACGCCCAGCUGAAAGUCGGCGACGUCGUUAACUAUUACGUUUUUGUGUCGGUCAACAGAGAAGGAUUCGUUAAGGACGGUCUCACCUAUACUAUCACGGAGUUCAGCAGCCGUUCAGGCAGCCCCACUGGCCCAAAUCCCACGCCCACGCCUGACUGCCGUCCGUCAGCGACGCGCAUCCGCGGAGGCAAAGCGUGCGCAGGGCAGACCAUCUUCGAAGACAACUUCGACUCCUUCAAGGACGAUCUCUGGCAGAUUGAACAGUACAUACCCAUCAACCAUCCUGAAUUCCCCUUCGUGUCAUACCAAAGGUUGUCUCCCAACGGACCCGUGUCAGUGUCCGGGGGCUUCCUGCACAUCGCGCCGAAACUGCAGCAGACUCUCCCAGGGUUCAACAAUGAGUCCAUCUACACGGGAAGCCUGGACUUAUUCAGUGGUUGCACCGCCAGCGCCGAGGCGUGCUACCGGCAAGCGAUGGGCGCCAACAUCCUACCGCCUGUAGCCAGUGGCCGUCUCACCAGCAGCGUGGCCUUCACCUACGGCACCGUCACCAUCCGCGCCAAGCUGCCUCAGGGCGACUGGAUGUAUCCAGAAUUACUUCUAGAGCCGUUUCUAAAGAAGUACGGCAGUUCGCAUUUCGCUUCAGGAGUGAUCAAGAUAGCUUCAGCCCGCGGUAACGCUGACUUACGAGCGGGACCUGACGAGUAUGGGAACAAGAUUUUAUACGGAGGACCAGUGAUGGACUUCCAGUGUCGUGGGCAACUGCUCACAAACAAAGUGCUGACCAAUGGAAAAAUGUGGGGCGACGAUUUCCACGAAUACUCCAUUACAUGGUUGCCCGACCAGAUAACGCUGUCAGUGGAUGGCGAGCAAUGGGCGCGCGUGGACGGCUCGCGUGCGCUGCGCGAUCGCUUCCCGCAAAGAUGCGCGUUACCUCGCACGCUGCUCGCUAAGGGAUCCAACUUGGCGCCAUUCGAUGACCACUUCUACCUAACUCUGGGCGUAGCCGUGGGCGGUAUCAGCGAAUUCCGCGACGACGCUUACUCCGGGGACAGGGCGAAGCCCUGGAGAGACGUCGCCCACAAAGCCAUGCUCAGCUUCUGGGAGCACCUGGACUCCUGGCAGCAGACCUGGAACCAGCCUGAGCUGGUGGUGGACUACGUCAAAGUGGUCGCGCUGUGAUUGUAAUUGUAAUUCUAGUCAGAGUGUUGGCACUCAAAAUGUAGAUUAAUAAUAUAAUUGUAAAAGUGA